AUGAUGAGAUGGGAGGACUUUUCGACUCCAAAAAAGAGUGAGUUUUUCGAUCUACUGAAAGCUUAUUGGGAGGAGUGGUUGGCCCUUGGAAAACAGGACAAUCCAACGCAACCGCAAGCUGCCCAGAAUUAUCAACAAGAAUCAGGCCAAGAACAGCAGAUAGGGUCUCUGAAACAGACUAAAAGUAAUGCUUUGGACGAGAACGCCGGAAGAGAAGAGGCCAGGGUCACGUCAGCCGCUUACAGUCCUGUACUAAUUCACUGUAGGCAAGUGAGAUAA